AUGUCGUCGAGGUUCGGUCCGCGUGCGGUAGGGACCGACGGGAGUGACUUCACGCAUCGGCAGAAGGUGGCACGUCACUACAAAGAAAGUGUUCUGAACAAGUUUCGUCUGAAGUUCACCUUGGUGCUCCAUGUACUGAUUUUGUCGUUGAUCAUAGUGAAGAUUUUUCUCGAUGGGGUCAGUCAGAACUUCGGCAUUUACGCCAAGGCGAAGAUUCCUCACACCGAAUUGUGGGAGUGCUGGUGGACGCUGAGCGUCGUAUCGUUGGUACUCGCCUACUCGUCGUUCGCCCGCAACAACGAGUACCGCAUGCGACUGUCCUACUACGGAUUGGUAAUUUUCGCGCUGAUACCUCUGGCGUUUGGAGCCGGUUCGAAGCUGCCUGAACUGAUCAGAUACGUGAAAGGGGGCGAUGCUCGUCUCUUCUGCGGAUUCCCUCUUGUCGUGCUUUGGUACAUCUUCUUCGCCGUUGCCUUUCAGGUGCACUGGUUCACCAUGUACUUUGAGGCACAGUUGGUCAAGGCGUGGUUGCCCGUCAAAACCGUCAAACCGAAAGGAGAUUGA